AUGACAAACUUAGAAAACAUCUGCGGUAAAUUUAACUCCUCAAUAGAGAAUAUGAAACUUAUAGUUUGCAAUGAACUUCAAAGUAUAGAUACAACAAAAGUUUUGAACUCAGAUGCUUUGAAGAGUCUUAUAACAGACAAAGUUGGAGUUGUUGAAAGAAAAUAUAAAGACCAAAGAGUUUGUGAAAAUGUUGCAAACUUCAUUAUGGUUUCAAACAAUUCUGUUCCGAUGAAGUUAGAAAGUUCUGACAGAAGAUAUGUAGUUGUCAGAACGUCAGAUUCUCAUAUGCAAGAUACAGAAUAUUUUGACGACUUAGCAGAAACUUUGACAUCUGACUUUUACAACCACUUGUUCUCAUAUUUUAUGACAUUAGAUAUUUCAAAGUUCAAUCCAAGACAAAUUCCACAUACCGAAGAGAGACAAACAUUGUUAGAAGCAAACAAGAGUGUAUAUGAACUGUUCAUAGAUGAAACUGACUUUGAGUGUUUAGAUGAAAGGUCAUUGUACGAUUCGUAUAAACAAUAUUGUCAAGAAUAUGGUUAUAUGACAGCGUCUAAACGAACAUUCUUGGCAAAUGUCAAAAGUCUUUUAGACGUACAGAAUG